CACUGGUGGGUGGCACUGGUGGGCACAGGUGGGUGGCACUGGUGGGUGGGCACAGGUGGGUGGCACUGCUGGGCACAGGUAGGUGGCACUUCUGGGCACAGGUGGGUGCACUGCUGGGCACAGGUGGGCGGAGCUAGUGGGCGCACUGCUGGGCACAGGUGGGCGGAACUUGCCGGUGGCACUGCUGGGCACCGAUCAUCAGGGCAAUGAUCAUCAGUGCCCUGAUGAUCGGUGCCGAUCCUCGCUCUGACAACUGCCGGUUCUCGGCAGUACUUUCCUCACGAUCUGACAGCGUGAGGAAAGUGCAGCCGAGAACCGGCACUUGCAU